UGGGGUGCUUCCGACGAAGUCUGGUCCUUGUCUGAUGAUCAACCUUAACGAUCAAAUCAUUGUCUCCCAAGUUUCGGAGGCUCAAUCAACGGACGAAAUCACCAACUUAGUUCAGUUCAGCAAGCUUGUUAUGUGCCUGGGAAACAUUGGCUACACGGAAGGGUUGGAAUACAACGGUUAUGGAUGCUUUUGUGGCAAAGGAGGGAAAGGCACACCUGUGGACGCAACUGACAGAUGCUGCGAGGUUCACGACAACUGUUACGGACAAGCCGUGAAAGAGGGAAAGUGCUGGUCUAUCGAAACCUACGGUACCACGUAUUGGUACGACAAAUCCACGUCUUCUGGGAGCUGUUCCAUCAGAUGCUGGGAAGAGAACGAAUACAACCGGUUUGUCCCAAGUAAAGCAUGCAAGGCCGCUAUCUGUGAAUGCGACCGCAAGGCGGCGCAGUGCUUCGCCGACAACCGGCCUACGUUCAACCGCAAAUAUCUCAGUUAUGCCAAGGACACCUGCUAAUUAAUACUCGAAUAAGUACUUGACUUGCAUACCGCCGCUGGUUGAGAACGGAUUGAAUAAAUAUCUGGAGUAAUGAAUUAACGUAUUAACAAAAUCAUGAUGAAAACGAGAUUUUCUGGAAAAAAAAGGUCUUUUAGAGUUUGACAGUGGUAGCUACAUAAACGAUAUGGUGACAUUUUAUUUUACAAGAGCCUUAUUGAAGUAUAACGAAUUUAAGAUUUACACACGACACAAUUAUGGAAAAUGUUGUGGUAAUGAGUACUGACAGGCAGUAUUUUUCACGACCAUUUGAGACUUCCUUCUCCCGCUAAUUACCAAGCUGAAAAUUCCACAUUCCACACGGCGCAUGACAAGUAGGCUUGUCAUUUGCAAGACGGAUUUUUAAGUUUGUCAAGAUCUUUUGUUGAUGAUAGUACUGGUAAGAAAAAUUGGCAAUAACCACUUUUAAACAUAUGGAGAUUUGAUAUUGAUUUUCACAUUCAAAAUUGAAAAUUUUGGUGAUUUACUCGAUAGGCAGAAAACAAUAGGGAGAACGAUGCUUGUUCUCCAAUUACUCGAAAGAAAAACACAAAUUUUACGAUCUCUCAUGACAUUCACCUCCCCGAAUUCACCAUUAUAGACACUGCAAGCCCUAGUUACACCAAUCGGAUAAGAGGACAUUCAUUAAAUCAACAUUUUUGAUUUCAUUUUUGGGAUCUACCGAGUUUGGUGGUCAUAAAAAAUAUAUAUACUUCGAAUUAACUUAAAGACAAGAUCGCCUUAACAAUUUCUAAAAUCUGCAGUCUUUAUUAAUGAAUUAGUUAUCGCAACUAACAAAAACUUGAUACCCAUUGUUAAAAAAUCGAGAACAACUCCUCAAGGGAAAUGAGAGAGAGGCUCUAGAAAAUCAGACUUGACAUCAACAAAACUAGAAGAAUUAAAUUUAUUCACAUUAUUGAAAAUUAUACAUACACACCGUGGGGUUAAUCUAUUCGGUAUUUGUUUCCAUUACAUUUUGGUGGAUGUAUUUGUAUUGACUCCGUAGUGUAUUGUCAGAGUAUGCAGAAAGAGCGGACCAAUGAUUCUCAAAUCCCCUUUCCGAAUAUGGCAUUUCUUUCCAAAUUGUCAUCUUACAUUCUCGCAUUAUUAGUCUCUGUGUGAAUCUUUAGUGCAUAUUUUGAUUAUAAAAGGGGUACUUUAUGGUUGAUCUGUCGACUGACUUCACGGCACACUUUUAGGUUCAGUCACAUGGUCGAAUACAUUGUACUCAAACAUAACAGUAUGUUAGGCUCAGAACAAUUGUUGAACAACUAAAAUCCGGUUUGGUGUCUUGGAUGUAUUAUUUCAUUAGGACUUUUAGUGGGCCCGAUACCGACUUAUAGAGCCUUAGCUUGGCGUUUGGGGAACUGAACUGAGUCGAACUGAAUGGGAACCUAAUUAGUUGAAUUUAACCGAGUCGAUCUGAAUAGGAACUUAGUUGAAUGGAACUUAGCUUAACUAACUAUAAUCAGAUAAUUAUAUUGAAUAAAUUCAGAUAUUCAUAGAGGUUUCCUAGUUAUAUAUCAUUUGGUUUUGUCAAUGUUAAAGUCAUUGCAUAUUAUCGCUGCUCAUA